AUGCGAUGGGUGGCGGUGGUGGUGGUAAUGCAGAGGGGGAGUAGUACUAACGCAACUGACAGCUCACCCUGCUGCGAAGGUAUGUUGGAGCAGGCGUCUGGCUGUCACAGCUCAUCACAGCGCGGUGGCGCGUGCAUAGUAGGGAAUAAGGACCAUACUGCACAGGAGAACACUACGAUGCAUGAGGAAGAGGAGAACGGCGAGCCAGAAGUAGUAGUAAUAGACGCGGAUGAAGAAGAAAGAGUUGGAGGGAGAGGGAAACGAGGGCGAGGCACACAGAAAGUGACAACCACGAUGGCGACAGAGCAUCCGGACAUGUUCUCCGAAGAUGGAGCAAGAGGUCCGCAAAAAAGAGUAGCCCUAGCAGCAUCAGCGAAAGCAACAACACCAACUGCAGCAACAGCAGCAGCAGAGGAAGAAGAAGAAGAGGGUGGGAAGAAAAGGCUUCUGUGCCAGUCGUGUCCGUCAUUAAUGCUCGUCGACUGGUAUGAACUAGCCAUGCUCUACGCUAACUGGAAAGAAAACAAGCAUAACCAGAAUGCUGUAUUUGAGGCUUUCUUUCGUAAAGCUCCCUUCCAUGGUGAAUUUGCGGUCAUGGCAGGUGUCAAGCAAAUGGUCGACUUUUUACUCUCUAUGUCUUUCAAUGAAGAGCAUAUGAAAUUCUUCAGACGUCACUUUCCCGGAGCACCCGAGGACUUCUUCGAUUAUUUGAGUCAUAUCAGCGCAGCGAACCUUAAUGUUUGCGCAAUACCAGAGGGGACGGUGGUAUUCCCGAAAGUACCGCUCAUACGGGUGGAGGGGCCCCUUGCGGUCUGUCAACUCGUUGAAACUCCCGUCCUCAACAUAUUAAACUUCGCUGUACUUGUUGCUACGAAUGCUGCCAGACAUCGAUUGGCAGCGGGUCUGAACAAGCAGCUCUUGGAGUUUGGAGCUCGACGAGCGCAGGGCCCUAACGGAGCUCUCAGUGCCAGUCGCUACGCGUAUCUCGGUGGAUGUGAUGCUACUAGCAACACAGAGGCAUCGUUUCUUUUCGACAUACUGAGAGGCUCUAUGGCUCACUCGUUUAUUACGUCUUUCACACAUUUGGAGCAGUUGCACUGUAUCCUUCCUCCAGCUGACGAAGCCGCUCGUUCGCCACCUCCACAAAGCGCUGCUGCUCCUGCAGUAACUAAGGAGAGUUUAAAAUAUUAUGCAAAUUUGAAAGUGGAGAGACCCUCUGACAACUUUAUUGAAUGUUACCGUCUACCAAUGUAUGUGUAUGUACGCAUGCAGGAAGGGGGGGGGCGGGUGUCUCUGUUUAUAUGCACGCCUCUUUUGGCCGUGAAGAAGGAAGAGGAGACUAUCGAGUCUCGUACUCAUGAUGGCGGUGGUGCUGUGUUGCUGCUGCUCUCGGUGGUGGUGAUGGUGGUAGUCGUCCUCGUCGUGUUACUACUGCUGCUGCCCUGCUUGCGGGUGGUUACACUGCUGGUGGUGGUACCGCUGGUGUUGCUGCUGCUGCUGCAGGUGCUGCUGUUUAUGGUGGUGCUGCUCUUAUUGGUGGUUGUACUGCUAGCGGUCAGUACUACUACUUUUGUUGCCUCUACUUCUGAAAAAACUGCUGCUUCCGCUAUUACUACUUGUACUCAUGCCACUAGUGUUGCUGCUGGUUUCACUAUUACUGGUGCUGAUGCUGCUGCUACGACUAGUACAAAACUACUACUGACGCAAGCGAAGGAGUAUCGAAAGCGGGUGGUGGCCUUGUGGCCGGCGUCGAAUCUAGACACCGUAAUGCAUCACGGUGAACUCGCUGCAUUUACAGCCUUCGCCCAGACGUUCCCCCACGCGUUUCUCGCUCUUGUUGAUACAUACGACACACUCUACUCUGGACUUCCAAACGCCAUUGUUGUGGCCUCGGCUCUGAUAGCAUUCGGCUACCGCCCUGUUGGAAUACGACUAGACUCUGGAGAUCUCUCGUAUCUCUCUCAAGAGGCACGGAGACUCUUUCGCGAAGCAGCAGAGGCUUUCAGGAUGCCGCCACUAGCGCAUCUGACAAUCGUGGCUUCAAACGACUUGAACGAAGUUAUUAUCUCUGCUCUUAAUGAACAAGGACACGAGUUGACGCGUUCGCUGUUGGAACAAUAUCUGGUCACAUGUCAGGCACAACCCGCUCUUGGCAUGGUUUACAAACUUGUCGAACUCGAUGGGAAGCCAUGUAUGAAACUCUCGCAAGACUUCGAAAAGACAUCUCUACGUAAAAAGGAGGUCUUUCGUUUUUACACACGCUCAGGCGCACCCGCUCUCGACCUUCUACAGGCAAGUGCAGCGUGCAAUUAUUUGCCUUACGCCUGCACGACGUCUAAUGCUUCACAGACGGCCGGGCAAAGCAAAACAAUGCAGGAAGUCG